AUGGGAAGAGGUCAAAAUUUCUCAUCUACAUAUGGGAAGGGCAAGGAAACCGAACCGAAUUCUCCUAUCGAAAAUACCUUCCACACAACAUCAAGAUCGAAAAGAAUUAUACCGACAAACUCCUUACUUCUACCUGUUUGUGAAACGUUUUUUAGUUUGCAGAAAAAUUUUAUGAAAGAAGAAAAUAAGUACGCGGCGCGUGUGGAGAGCCAAAAAAUAGUCAUUUUAAAGUGUGUGGAUUCUUCCCAAGACAUCGGUCGACCCUACUCCCUACAGAUGAAAAAAUAUUUCGUUGUGAAGCGUCUACAGUCUCACAAAACUUGCAUUCAAGGAUCUAAGGCAUCCCCAUAUUUAGAUAAAACUCAUCAUUCACGAGUAAUAUCUCCCCAAGUUUCUGUGGGUUGUAUAGAACCACAAACAGAGGAUGAAACCACAUCGUUCCAGAUCCCAAUCGAACCUGUGAAAGAGGGAUCUUGGAAAUUCGAAAAUAAAGACGCUUUCAUAUGGUAUUUUAUGAAUUAUCUCCAUCCUCAUAUUGAAACCCUUAAAAAAGUUUGCCACAUAGUUGCUUUUCCAAUUGCCCUUAUAUUACUGAACAAUAAACUAAACUUGAGUUGUCACGAGUAUUUCCAGACUUAUUCAUCCCCAAAUGACGCUGUCGUAUCAAUCAUGCUUGAUUAUUUCCAAAAUCUAUAUCAUUUUGGCGACGUUCGACGUGAAAUCACUAAAACUGAUAGUAACAAAUAA